AUGGUAGAAGUAGGGGAAGAGGUUAUUGAGUUCAAGUGGGGUAAUGUGAAAUCGGUUGGUGGGAAGAAGAAGGAUGUGCGCUUCUACGAAUCGUUUUCCUACGACGGUGUGGAAUACUCGCUCUUCGACUCCGUGUUUCUAUACAAGAAAGGUGAACCCGAGCAUUACAUUGGUAAAAUCGUUAAAAUAUGGGAGACCGCUGAUAAGAGCAAGAGAGUCAAGGUUCUGUGGUAUUUUCGUCCUUCCGAGAUUGUAAACUUCUUGAAAGGAAGUGAGGCACUCGAGAAUGAGUUGUUUCUGGCAUCUGGUGAAGGUGAAGGGCUUGCAAACGUCAAUCCGCUGGAAGCUAUUGCUGGCAAAUGCAAUGUUGUUUGCACUUCAAAGGACAGCAGGAAUCCAUAUCCAUCAGAUGAAGAAGUUCAAAUGGCUGAAUUUGUAUUCUAUCGUUUCUUUGAUGUUGGAAAGCGUACAAUAUUGGAUAAGAUAGAUGAUAAGAUUGCUGGAAUUGAAGUUAAAAAUCUUUUUAACAAUUUAGAUAGUCGAAAGCAUGUUGAUCUUGUGAAACCUGGUUUAGAAAAGAAAGGAGUUAGCAGGAACUUCACGGCAUGUAAUGAAGCUGUGGCUCUUUUGAGUCAAAAUAACAGUCAGCCUUUGAUUGAAAAACCAGAUGGCAAGUGUUUUGACACAUUAGUUAGAGAAAAUGCUGAUUCUAAGUCAUUGUUGGGGAAAAAACCUACUUCUAGAACUGGCUUAAAGGAAGCAAGUAAACCUAAUGAUGCUUUGCACACUAUUUCCUACAAAAAGAAUGUGCCACAAGCUAAAGGUGAAGAAAAUGGUGGUUGCAAGGCCUCUUUGGUUAAACAAAAAUCAUUUUCUAAACUAUCACAUGGUUCUAGAGCUGGUUUCGAAAUGAGGGAGAUAACUAAAAUGGAUGAUGGGGCUGGAAAUGUCUCUUUUGAGAAGAACAUUUUUAUGUCUAGGGUUGAUUUAGGAAAGGAUGAUCAUGAGGAUGUUUGUGUCCAUGCUGGACAAAUUAAUAAGGGAUUAGGGGAACAAAAGGCUUCCAAGAAGGAAAGACAUGGCGAUUUUGGCAAGGCUUCUAGUGCAAAGAUGAACAAUAAUGGGAAAAAUCGAAAGCUUAUUACUUAUGACGACGAUGAUGAUGAUGCAAAGACUUUAGCUCCAUCUUCAUCUAAGGAUAAAUAUAAGCUUCAACGAGAAAUAGAUCCUUGUGAUGUAAAGGAACUUCCUUCCAAGAAGUUAAAGAUUGACAAGACAACAAAACUCACUAAUGACAAGUUGUGCAAAGACUAUUCAAAGAUAUCAUCGAUUGUGGAACAGAAGAGAGAUUUUCGUCCAAUGGAAGUUAUUCAAAGACCAGAUGAUUUAGUAGCGUGCAAUAGUGUUGCCAUCAUGCUGAAGCGAAGUGACACCAAUUUGCGGCAAAAGGAUAGAAGCAAAUGGUUUAAGGAAAUUCCUUGGGAAGAAAGAAUGAAAACUGCUUACGAGCAAGGAAAACUUUUGCUACUUCAAAACUUGGAUCCAUCUUUAUCUUCAGCAGAGGUACAGAAUAUUAUUUGGACUGGCUUUCAAGAACAUUGCACUGCAAAGGUGAUCCAGAAAACUGACUACUCUAGCCCUCAUUCUGGUCAAGCUUUUGUUAUAUUUAAGAAAAUGGAAGCAGCAGCGAAGGUUGUUAGAGAAUUAGAUGAGGGCUGUUUCUUAAUGCCAAAUGGACUACCUCUUGUUGGAAGCUUUGGAGUUCCUUGCUUUCCAGAAAAGAAGCCAGUAUUUUAUGGUCAUCAUGUAGUUGAUCAACUUAGAAUGAUGCAAAUGCAACGAGAUAUGAAAGAUGCUGUAUCUACUUCACAUUGUUCUCAACCUAACAAUAUCGAAUAUGACAUGGCCAUAGAGUGGUGCUUAUUGCAAGAAAGAGCAAACAAAUCAUGGAGAAUGUUAUACCAGCAACAAGGCGAGCAGUUGAAAAAACUUAAAGCUAAGCUGAAAUCUAAAAUUUAA